GUAGCUAGUUCUUAAUCUGUGGUAUACUACGAUUGUUUGACAGAUGACACAUAUAAACAAAAUUUACUUGAAAAUCUAGGUUAGAUUCCGAAAUUGAUCAACAUUCAACACGCAUAGAAAAUAUAUUAUAAUUAAAUUUAUUUCAUAGUUUUCAGUAGCACAAAUAUGCAUUGUCUUAGAUCAUUAUUUUUAAGGAUUGGUCAACGAGGACAUGUCCUACCUAUACCUGCUUCAGUAAAUUCAGUAAAUCCUGCGAAUAUAAGAAGCAAUUAUAUCAAUUUUUCCCGAUUAUAUGCAUCCCAAGCCGACGAUGAUAUAGAAAAAAUUGUUAGCCAAAUAAGUAAAGGUAACCAAGAAAUUGAAAAAAAACUAAGGGUAUUAAUGUUGGAAGUAGAAGUCAUGCGUCAAGAUGGCAGAACUGCACCUGAUUCUAUGGAUCUUAGAAAUUGGCAGUAUUUGAUGGAAUUGCCAUCAAGAAAUCAGAGAGCAAACUAUCUCACUUAUUUAUGGAAAAAUGAGAAGAGGAAAGAGAAUAUAAAGAUGAAAAAAGAGGCAAGGAGAAAGGAACUUGAGGACAUGGAACCAGAAGAAUCAAAAGAGUUUCCGGAUGAUCUAAUAUAUGGUAUUAAACAUCAAACACUGUUUUUACGUAUCCGUGACCAAUCAAUCAAUCAAUUUGAUAAUUACAGAGCCUUACAAGCUUUAAAGAGUGGUCAGUCCAUUGUUAUUGACUGUUCAUAUGAAACGCAUAUGGUAAAAAGGGAAAUUUUAAAUGCUGCAAAACAACUCACUUAUGUUUUUGGUGAUAAUAGAAUGCACAAAGAGCCCUUUAAUUUACAUUUAUGUAAUGUGGAUAAUAAUGGAGAUUUCAUGGAUCAGUUUAGAAGAAAUGUACCAUCAGUGGAUGAGCCCUGGUUUCCUGAAUUUAGUGUCUUCUAACAAAUAAACAAAAUAUUCUUUAUAUUGUUAGUUUGUAUUCAACCUCAGUUCAUAACAUUUCAGAUAAAUAAUGAACCACUCUCUUUAGCGAAAGCAAAAAGAGAUGGUAUAAAAAUGGCCAAACUACCUUUGGACCGCUAUUUGGAAUGGGCUCCAGGAUCAAAGAAAAAUCUGAAUAUCAAUCAUAUGAUACCAAUUCUUUUGGAUCUUAAGUUGACUGGAGAUUGGGAAUUUGCUUUACGCCACAUACCGAGGAGAAAAUUAAUGGAAACAAAAAUACAAGCCAUGCAAAAGAGAUUUGAAAAAUCUUCUCUUAACAAUAUCAAUAUCAAGAGUUUUAUGAAUCUACGAGUUAGCGAUAGAAAUAUAUUUAAGAGGAAACUUAAAUCCAAGAAAUCCCUGUAUGAUGAUGAUAAUAUGUAAAUAAAAGCAACAUAUA